AAGGUUUAGCAUAAAGUCAGUCCCUCUCUGCGUGUGGGGAUCGAGCCUUCACUUUUUCCAGCACUCUUCAUGACAGACAAAUGUCAGAUAAGGAAACGUGAGCUUUCUCAUCUUUUUUGCAGUCCAGGGAACUUUCUUCAUGACGGUUGAUCGGCACAUCAUUUCAGGACAGCAGCUCAGCCACAACAAAGUUGCAUUUUUCGGGGAUUACUUCCACCAAAGAGGUAUUUAACAUUCUGUGGGUCGGGGGGAUGGAGUUUAAUCUGCUGGCGGACGCCGAGGCCCGCAGCCCCGCACUGUCUCUGUCCGACUCCGGCACUCCGCAACACGACGCGGCGUGUAAAGGCCAGGACAACAGCGACACAGAGAAGUCCCAUCAGAAUCAGACAGAUGAAUCAAACCCUGAGGACGGUUCUUUGAAGAAGAAGCAGCGCAGGCAGAGGACACAUUUCACCAGCCAGCAACUACAGGAACUGGAGGCCACCUUCCAAAGAAACCGUUACCCAGACAUGAGCACACGAGAGGAAAUCGCCGUAUGGACAAAUCUCACAGAAGCAAGAGUGAGGGUAUGGUUUAAAAACCGUCGUGCAAAGUGGAGAAAGAGGGAGAGGAACCAGCAGGCUGAGCUGUGUAAGAAUGGCUUUGGUGCCCAGUUUAAUGGACUCAUGCAGCCAUAUGACGAUAUGUACUCUGGCUAUUCAUACAACAACUGGGCCACCAAAAGCUUGGCUAGCAGCCCCCUAUCAGCCAAAAGCUUCCCUUUCUUCAACUCUAUGAAUGUUAGUCCCCUGUCGUCGCAGCCCAUGUUCUCUCCCCCCAACUCCAUCCCCUCCAUGAACAUGGCCUCCUCCAUGGUGCCCUCAGCAGUGACAGGGGUGCCGGGAUCAGGCCUGAAUAACCUGGGCAACUUGAACAAUCUGAACAGCCCCACGCUCAACACAGUGGCAGUGUCAGCGGCCACCUGCCCCUACGCCACCACGGCCAGCCCCUACAUGUACAGAGACACUUGUAACUCCAGCCUGGCUAGUCUCCGGCUCAAAGCCAAACAACACACCAACUUUGCAUACCCGGCUGUGCAAAACCCUGUGUCUAACUUAAGCCCAUGCCAGUAUGCAGUCGAUCGGCCUGUAUGAAUCUCUUCUGCUUGUAUGAGAAAAUCCCCAUCCUGUCCUUAAACCCACUACUGAUCUAAUCUGCUUUUUCAUUCGAAGGCAUCAACCAGCAAUAUGGACUGGCUACAAACAUGCAACUUUUGAAAAUGACUGAGACCAUAGGAAUAAGUUUCAUGAGGAAGUAAAAGAGAAAUUAACUCAAAAUGGACCAUGACUCAAAGGACUUGAUCAUGACACUUGGCUUUUGAACUGACCAAGUGAAUCUCUAAACUUUUCUCUCCAGCAUGACUAGAGUGAAUUACAAACAAGAGGAUGGGAUGCUUUUAACUGCAUUGGUAGAAAAGCCUUGCAAGGAAAAGUGUCCAAAAUUACAUUUGCCACAAGCCUAUAAUGAGGCACAUGUGUCUGCAAUACAGGCAAAAGGAUGUACAUAAUGGCUUUCUGUUUUGUAUGUGACAAAAAUAUCUAUGAAAUGUAGUAUUUUAAAGAAUGAUUUAAGCAUGUUCCUCAAGAGCAGAACUUGGAUAAAUGUGGAUUUUAAAGGAAUUUUAAUCUUUGUUGUGAAUUCCAUUCACCUAGGGUAAGAGGUCGUGUCAAAGGUUGCUGUCAGACAGAAGAAGUAGCAAUGCUUAGUUUGAAAGAAAGACAAAUAGGUUCAAGAGUAAAAAUAAGUUCUAGCUCUGCUGAAACAGAACAUUCAAUUUCUUUUUUAAAAAAAUAAGUAACUAAAAAGCCAUUGAAUAUAGUUUUGUGUGGUGUUCUAAAAAGGGAGUCUAUGACUGUAAAAUAAUGUAUGUAAGAGUGCAGUUGUUGAAAAAAAACCUUUUUUUUUUUGGUGUAGCCUGAUUUGUCUCAUUAAAAUGAAAAUAAAGAAUUAUUUGUUUUAAUGAGUAACACCCUGAAACAAAUAUAGAGUUGAGUGAACCUUUUAGCAAUCAAAAUAAUUAUCACAUCAGGACAAAAUCUGAGAGAGUGUUCUCUCCUUGUACUUGUUGGCAUUAGCAAUGUUCCCUAAGUUCCAUUACAACAUCAUAAAGCAGGAACGAAGGGGAAAUAGAGCGGGAGAUGGAAAGAUAUAGAUGGUCCUGGUGACUCGUCACUGAUCUGUUUGACCUACACGCUUGUAGAGUCUUCCCCUAGCUGCAAGCAGCACUUUAUCAUGAAUACCAUGUAACAGGAGGGUGGAGGGGAUUCUUGGUGCUGCGCCUUGUCUUAGAGGGAACGUGGCCAACAUUACGUAAACACAUAAGAGGCAUCACUCCAGAGCGCCACAGCACCCAAUCUUCCAGCUACAGCCUAACUAAACCUGAGACCCUUCAGCUGUCCACAGAAACAUUCCCUUUCAAUUCAGUUUCUCCACUUGUUUACAGAGAAUAUUUUUUGGUGGGACAAUUUUAGUUAGAUUAUUUUCAAUUAGAAAAUGAAUAUGAAUUAAAAUAUUGUUAAUUAUCAAACAAGAUCUGUAAUUAUGCUCUGUGCUUAACUACAUCAAGUACUCCAUACAAAGUACUGCAAAUCUACUCUGGACUGGACAGAGUGAAGAUCAAUUUAUGUUUCUUUAGCUAUUUGCUGAUUUGGUGUUAUUCUUCACAAAGGUGUCUGAUAUUAAAAACAAAACACACAACGUGCAAAAAAUAUUAGUGCAGUAUUACCUCAUCUUUAAGCUUUUCUGCCUAAUGAUUUAUUUAUCAUAUUAAUAUCACCAUUAUUACAAAAUAACACACCAGCAUCACAAGAGAAUAACACAGACGACAGGAACAAAAGACAAUGGAGCCCAAUGUAAUUAUCAGUGAAUGUGAGAAAAUGUGUGUGCAAUUGAUAAAACACUGAAUAGUGAAAAUAAAAUGAAACAUUAA